GCUACUGUAGGAUUCACUGCAGCAGGACUGUCUCCAUUCCCUGGGAGCCACUCUGUGCACGAAAACAUGAAGGCUGUGUGCUCUGCAAUGGGGCAGCUCUGGGCACAAGGACCUAUCUACAUCCUGUGGCUCAGACACUGGCAGAAACAUAGCUGAAGGCCUAAUGUCAGGGAAGGCACUGGACAACGCUUCCUUCUGUGGAAGUGUUCUUAUAUCCAUCCACAAAGCCAAACAAUGUCUGAUACAUGACCCCUGACAAAUGGCUCUGUACAUGAGAAGUGUGAGGUCCUCACAAGUUCAUACCAGGGAAUGUCUCCCCACCUCAUACUGCCCCACUAGAUUCCAUCACAAGUGAGGGUACUAGUUGUCCAGGUCUGACUUCCCUGGAGAAUGUGGCCCAUUGAGGUUAUGAGGCUCAUUGGCAGUCGAUGGCAAGCUGCCUUUGUUUUUUUUUUAAGCCAGCUGAGAUCUGAGAAGUGGGCUGUGUCUUUCCCCUGAGGCCUGGAUACACCAUACACUGCCAUCCUUCUUCAUCUUAUGGAGCACUCCUUUCUGGGAGCCAUGGGAAAGCUGGCCUCGCAGAUACCAGAGACAAGUGUCUCUGUUGUUUUGGGAAAGCCAGCCUGGGUCGGACAGGGCGGUAGAAGAGGACACACAGGCUUUGAUUCUGAGCUGUUCCUUCCUCCCUGGCCCUCCUCCCAACCCACCUGUGCAGAAGGUCCCCUCUUCCUGCCUCGGUUGGCUGAGCUGGCACAAAGAGCUUCACUGAGCCCAGGGUCAGGGGCAUCAGAUUAGCCACUGAACAGGCUUGAGAGGUGGAGCCUCCGUGAGCCACUUUCUCAGGAUAAUGUCUGCUUGUUCUAGGCACAAACACAGGUCUAUUGGAAAGGACCUACGGGGAUGGCUCAGAAACUAGAGCUAACCCCUCCCAGAGCCCAGGUGGAGUCUCUGAGCACAAAGACAAAACAAAACAAAAACAGAACAAAACAAAACAAAAACAGAACAAAACAAAACAAAAACAGAACAAAAAACAAAACCUCAUAUUUGUGUUAUUAAAAUUCCCAUCCCAUUGUUAUCUAGAUUUCUAGACUCAUCUUCUGUGUAAGUAAAAGUAAAAAGUAAAAUGAAUAAAUCACAGAAUCAAUAUUUUUAAAAUAUAGGUUUAAUAAAAUAGAAAUUAAGUUGUUUCUUAACACCAGGAUAAGUCCACCCUUCAGAGUUAUUUCUGCCCUAGAUUUCUUCUCAUUUGCUUUACAUUCUCAGUGCUCAGUUCCUACAAUAUGACUCAGGAGCAUUACUGGAGGUACAGCCAUCAUAUAUGCAUCCCGGCCAGCAGAAAGGCAGAAAGAAGGAAGGAUUUGCUGGAAGAAUGCUUUCUUGGUUGAACUUAAUCCCACGGCCACAAGAAAACUGAAGACUGUGCUGGCUAUUUUGGGUGGUCGGGCACUCAUAUGAGAAUUAGGGGUUCUGUUACUGAGCAAAGAGAAGGCAGGAGAGCAGCAAACACUGACAACAUCAAGCUCAAAAUCAGCUGAUCUGCUGCAUGCCCGAUUAGGCAACAGGAUCCAGAGACGUCCACAGAUCGCCAGAGAUCACACAGCAAGCCUGUGGCAUUGCAUUCCCAGCUCAUGUUUAGUUUCUAUUCUGUUUCUUGGCUUAAGUAGAAAGCUUCCGUUUCAAAGGGAGGGAGCGUGAGGGCUACUCUGCUAAGAGCUACAGGACAGGGGUGGAAUGGUGACGGACUUCACAUGUCCAGAUCUGCCUGGCCCUGAGUCAUGGUAGGUGAGGAACUACUCCCCAGGUCUCCGCUCUGGGCCUGCGGGGUGGGCCUCUCCUGCCAUGUCCCUGUCCCCUGCCACUGUGUGGGUGAGUCUCUGCCUCCUGUUGGUGCUUACUGUGGAGCUAUGCUUCUGAUCUUGUGCUUCUGUUGCAGGGAGCAAGCUGUUGGCAUGAGAGCUGCUGGGAGGCACGAUGUCUCCCUAAAGGUCGUGCUGGCCGUGGGCUGGCUCUUCCUGGCCGGCUUCUCGGGGGCCACAUCUGCAGUAGCAACUGAAUGUCCUGACCAGAGCCCUGAGCUGCAGCCUUGGACCCCUGGCCAUGACAGAGACCAUCGAGUACACAUUGGCCAUGGCAGGAAACUGCUGCUCACCUCUUCUGCUACAGUCCACUCCAUCACCAUCUCAGAGGGAGGAAAGCUUGUCAUUAAAGACCACUAUGAGCACAUCGUGCUGCGGGCCCGGCACAUCCUGAUUGAUGACGGUGGAGAGCUGCAUGCUGGGAGCGCCCUCUGCCCUUUUGAGGGCAAUUUCAGCAUUGUGCUGUAUGGAAGAGCUGAUGAAGGCAUCCAGCCAGACCCGUACUACGGCCUGAAGUACAUUGGAGUGGGCAGAGGAGGCACUCUUGAGUUGCACGGACAGAAAAAGCUCUCCUGGACAUUUCUAAACAAGACCCUUCGUCCUGGUGGCAUGCAGGAGGGAGGAUAUUUUUUUGAAAGGAGCUGGGGCCACCGUGGAGUCAUUGUUCAUGUCAUUGAUGCCAAGUCAGGCACAGUUGCCCAUUCUGACCGGUUUGACACCUACAGAUCCAAGAAAGAGAGUGAACGUCUGGUCCAGUAUCUGAAUGCGGUGCCUGAUGGCAGGAUCCUUUCUGUUGCGGUGAACGACGAAGGUUCUAGGAACUUGGAUGACACAGCCCGGAAGGCAAUGACCAAGCUGGGCAGCAAGCACUUCCUCCACCUUGGAUUUAGACACCCUUGGAGCUUCAUCACCGUGAAAGGAAAUCCUUCCUCUUCAGUUGAAGACCACAUAGAAUACCAUGGUCACAAAGGCUCAGCUGCUGCCCGGGUUUUCAAACUGUUCCAGACAGAGCACGGUGAACAUUUCAAUGUUUCUUCAUCCAGUGAAUGGGUUCAAGAUGUGGAAUGGACAGACUGGUUUGAUCAUGAUAAUGUGCCUCAGAGCAAAGGCGGGGAGAAAAUUUCAGACCUCCGAGCAGCUUACCCAGGAAAAAUCUGCAAUCGACCCAUUGACAUACAGGCCACAACAAUGGAUGGAGUCACCCUUAGCACUGAGGUUGUCUACAAAAAUGGCCAAGAUUACAGGUUUGCUUGCUACAGCCGGGGCCGAGCCUGCCGCAGCUACCGAGUACGAUUCCUAUGUGGGAAACCUGUGAGGCCCAAGCUCACAGUCAGCAUCGAUACCAAUGUAAACAGUACCAUCCUGAGUCUGGUGGACAAUGUGCAGUCGUGGAAGCCUGGAGACACCCUGGUCGUCGCCAGCACUGACUACUCAAUGUAUCAGGCAGAAGAGUUCCGGGUGCUCCCCUGCAAAGCUUGUACCUCUACACAGGUCAGAGUGGCAGGGAAGCCACAGUACCUACAUACUGGGGAGGAGAUUGAUGGCGUGGACAUGCGGGCCGAGGUUGGACUCCUGACUCGGAACAUCGUGGUGAUGGGAGAGAUGGAGGACAAAUGCUACCCCUACAGCAACCACAUCUGUGACUUCUUUGACUUCGAUACCUUUGGAGGCCACAUCAAGUUUGCACUGGGGUUCAAAGCAGCCCACUUGGAGGGCGUGGAGCUGAAGUACAUGGGGCAGCAGCUGGUGGGCCAGUACCCAAUUCACUUCCAUCUGGCUGGAGAUUUGGACGAACAGGGAGGCUAUGACCCACCUACGUACAUCAGGGACCUCUCCAUCCACCACACAUUCUCCCGCUGUGUCACUGUCCAUGGCUCCAAUGGUCUGUUGAUCAAGGAUGUUGUGGGCUAUAAUUCUUUGGGCCACUGCUUCUUCACUGAAGAUGGGCCAGAGGAACGAAACACUUUUGACCACUGCCUUGGCCUCCUGGUAAAGUCAGGGACCCUCCUCCCAUCGGAUCGGGACAGCAGGAUGUGCAAAGUGAUUACAGAGGACUCAUACCCAGGGUACAUCCCCAAGCCCAGGCAGGACUGCAAUGCUGUGUCGACUUUCUGGAUGGCGAAUCCUAACAACAAUCUCAUCAACUGCGCAGCUGCAGGGUCCGAGGAAACUGGAUUUUGGUUCAUUUUUCACCAUGUGCCAACGGGCCCCUCCGUGGGAAUGUAUUCCCCAGGAUAUUCUGAGCACAGUCCGCUGGGGAAAUUCUACAACAACCGAGCACAUUCUAACUACCGGGCUGGAAUGAUCAUAGACAAUGGAGUCAAGACUACUGAGGCCUCAGCCAAGGACAAACGACCCUUCCUCUCCAUUAUCUCUGCCAGGUACAGCCCUCACAAGGACGCAGACCCACUGAAACCCCGGGAGCCAGCCAUCAUUCGCCACUUUACCGCCUACAAGAACCAGGAUCAUGGAGCCUGGCUGCGGGGUGGGGACGUGUGGCUGGACAGCUGCCGGUUUGCUGAUAAUGGCAUUGGUCUGACCCUGGCCAGUGGUGGAACCUUCCCAUAUGAUGAUGGCUCUAAGCAAGAGAUAAAGAACAGCUUGUUUGUUGGCGAGAGUGGCAAUGUGGGCACGGAAAUGAUGGACAACAGGAUCUGGGGCCCGGGUGGCUUGGACCACAGCGGAAGGACCCUCCCUAUUGGCCAGAAUUUUCCGAUUAGAGGAAUCCAGUUCUAUGACGGUCCCAUCAACAUCCAGAACUGCACCUUUCGCAAGUUCGCAGCCCUCGAGGGCCGACACACUAGCGCCUUGGCUUUCCGCCUAAACAAUGCCUGGCAGAGCUGCCCCCACAACAACGUGACCAACAUUGCCUUUGAGGAUGUCCCGAUUACUUCCAGAGUGUUCUUCGGAGAGCCCGGGCCCUGGUUCAACCAGCUGGACAUGGAUGGCGACAAGACAUCUGUGUUCCACGAUGUGGAUGGCUCUGUGUCAGAGUACCCCGGCUCCUACCUCACGAAGGACGACAACUGGCUGGUUCGACACCCAGACUGCAUCAACGUCCCAGACUGGAGAGGGGCUAUCUGCAGUGGGCGCUAUGCACAGAUGUACAUCCAGGCCUACAAGAGCAGCAACCUGCGCAUGAAGAUCAUCAAGAAUGACUUCCCCAGCCACCCCCUCUACCUGGAGGGGGCCCUGACCAGGAGCACCCACUACCAGCAGUAUCAGCCCGUCGUCACCCUGCAGAAGGGUUACACCAUCCACUGGGACCAGACAGCGCCCGCUGAGCUUGCCAUCUGGCUCAUCAACUUUAACAAGGGUGACUGGAUCCGAGUGGGGCUCUGCUACCCAAGAGGCACCACCUUCUCCAUCCUUUCAGAUGUUCAUAAUCGCCUGCUGAAACAAACAUCCAAGACUGGGACCUUUGUAAGGACCCUGCAGAUGGACAAGGUGGAACAGAGCUAUCCUGGCAGGAACCACUACUACUGGGAUGAGGAUUCUGGAUUGCUCUUCUUGAAGCUGAAAGCCCAGAAUGAAAGGGAGAGGUUUGCUUUCUGCUCCAUGAAGGGCUGUGAGAGAAUCAAGAUUAAAGCUCUGAUCCCAAGAAAUGCAGGCAUCAGUGACUGCACAGCCACCGCUUACCCCAGGUUCACGGAGAGGGCCUUGGUGGAUGUGCCAAUGCCCAAGAAGCUCUUUGGGGCCCAACUGAAGACAAAAGACCGGUUCCUGGAAGUGAAGAUGGAAAGUUUCAGGCAGCACUUUUUCCACCUUCGGAAUGACUUCGCUUAUAUUGAAGUGGAUGGCAGGAAGUACCCUUGCUCAGAAGAUGGCGUCCAGGUGGUGGUGAUUGAUGGGAACCGAGGUCAUGUGGUGAGCCACGGGAGCUUCAGAACUGCCACUCUGCAGGGCAUACCCUGGCAGCUCUUCAACUAUGUGGCAGCUGUCCCUGACAAUUCCAUCGUUCUCAUGGUAUCAAAGGGCAGAUACAUCACCAGAGGCCCAUGGACCAGAGUGCUGGAAAAGCUUGGGGCAGAAAAAGGUCUCAAGUUGAAAGAAAAAAUGGCAUUUGUCGGCUUCAAAGGCAGCUUCCGACCCACCUGGGUGACUCUGGAGACUGAAGAACACAAGGCCAAGAUCUUCCAAGUGGUGCCCAUCCCUGUGGUGAGGAAGAAGAAGCUGUAAGGACAGUUGCCACUUGGUAUCACCCCAGGCUGGACUCCUACAGCAGCCGGGGGGCAGGAUGGCUGGGUCCCCUGGUUUUCAGCUCUGCUGGACUAAGGGACAGAUAUAAGAGACCUUGGUGCUGCCACCUGCCCCUACUCAAGUCUACCUGCAGCCCCUGGGCAGUGUUGGCUGAUGCUACAACCUCCUCUUGGGUGCUUCUCUCCUGACUAUGCCUCAUCAGUAGGCAUGGGGACCAUACAAAGAGACCUGGGUUGUGUUGGCAGCAAAGGGCCACUUGGGCAGGAAUCUGAGCCCAGCUAGGGGGUGGUCUGGAUAACGGACCACACACAUAUUUCCACAGUCACUUGCAAAUGUAUUAAGUGGCAGAUGAUGGGAGAUACAUCUUUAUUCGGGUAAGCAAGAGUAGGGCUUCCUGGGAUUAGGAGCAGGCAUGCAGACAGAGCUGGCCAGGGUGGCAGACUGCACUGGGGAGGAGAUGGAGUCCUGUGUCUAGAGGGGAUCCCUUUUCAAGAGACUUCAGCUGGCACAUUGGGACGGGGACUAGGUGGCUCCUAAGGGUCCUUCCUGAGAUUGCAGAACUCUACAGUGUUUUGCUCUGUGCUUGGAGCCCAUCAGUAGAAGUAAUCAUUGCAGCUGACAUCUCCACUAAAAGUAUCCUGGAUACAGAAGAUGGAGACAUGAGAGCUCACACCUGGGAGUCUAGGGUCAGCAGGUGACAGGCAGCCAGGUCUCAGUACACUCUGAUAGCAGUUUGAGAGCCCAGAAAGAAGUGACACAGUUGAUAGUGUCAGAGCAGGGGAAGUUCUUACUGCCCAGGAGCAUGGGGAAGGCUUCUUCUGGCAGGUCAUGAUGCUGGCAGGAGCAAAGGACAGAGAUGGUGGGGAGAGAUGAGGUAGCCUCUGGCAUGGCCCCGAGUCGAAGGCUUUCCUGCCACCACCUGCAGCAUCUGAGUCCCCCACGGCUGACCCACUUGUGAUAGAGCAGCAGGGUCUGCGGAGAGAAAUGGGCUGAGCUACGGUGCACAGAGCCUUGCUCAGGUUGGUCUCCAGGCCAGCCCACUCUGACUCUGAGAGAGGGUGUAGUACAGUUCACAGACCCGAGGCUCUACAAUAGGUCUACGGUGUACUUCAGCGAGGAGCUGAAUAGAAGACUCCAGGGAAUCUGAGCACACUCACACCACAGUGAACCUGAGGCAUCAGAGAUGGAGAGGAUCUUGGGGGCUCUUGAGAGGACCACCUAGUCCAGCCCAUUGUACCUACAUCUGAGGAGAAUGAUACUUGAGAUGAGAAAGAACCACACAGCCAGGUCUGUGAGCCCCAAACUCAGCACCCACUGCCACAUCACACUGCCUCAGCAGCUUGUCUGGGGUGCCCAGUGCUCCAGAAGUAGCUUCUGGAAGGGGCUAUAUCCCCUUAAAGGGGAGAAGAGGGCCAGAAUAUAAUGAUCUUUUGUAAAGGGCUUUUCCCUCUUGCUCUUCAGUACACACUGCCCACCCUCCCCUAGGCAGCAGCUCUGCCACCUUCACUUUCUUUACACUACCUGCCACACUUGGGCAUGGGCUACUCAUGACUGUGGCAUCCUCUUGGUGCUACCUUAUUCCCCAGUGGUGCUGGUAUGCCCAAUGGAUAGCAUCAAGAUAUUCCAAUGUGCUUCUGGUGGGCCAGUUGGCUCCUCAUUGGGAUCUGAGAGUGGUUGGCUCCAGCCCAGGAUCUCUUAGCUAGUCAGAGCAAACAGCUUAGAUGCCCAGAUGAGUGGAAACUAUCCAUGUUUGAUAUUCUUCUGAGACAUCAGGGUUUUCCUGGGCUUCAAUAAUGGGAUGGGUCCUUUCCUCUACAAACACAAACUUUGUUUUAAAGAAGACUUGCUUGGUCCCCUCUGUCCAGUGAUGUCAAGGGGCCUUAUUUCCAGAGUCAACUCUCCAGGCUGAGCCAACUCCCUGGGGUCUAUCCCACUGAAUGGGUCAUCCAGCUGCUGGGAGGUAGCUGUGGGACACUGCUUCCCACAGACAUGGCUGCUUCAGUGGACAAUGUCAGAGGAAAGACCCCCUUAUGGGGAGAUGAGCAGAGAAGGGAAGGGGAUAAAAGUGACCUCAUGUUUUUCUUGUCUAAGUUUCACUGAAUUUUCAAUGCGAGGGUCUCACACUGUGAACCACUGAAGAUGCAGUCACUUUCAGGUGGCCAUGAAUGUUGAAUGUCUUUGGCUCAGUUCAUUUCAGUAAAUACCUAUUGGAAAGUUCUGCAGGUUGUACAUAUGUCAAACGGUACAGGGUUCUGUAUAGAAAAUAUUCUUUCCUAAACCAUCCAAGAGUCAAUGUCCAGGCAUUUUCUUGGUAGCACAAAUGUCUUUCUUGCUUAGAAGGCUGCUCUUGUCCUUUCUGUUUGUCAACAUUGCCAUUGAGUCAGGGGCCUUUGAUGAAAAGGCUCAUCUUCUUCCUGUUGGCUAAAUAGCUGGUCCUUUCUCGGGAAUUGGAUGUACAGUCUGUUUUGUAUGUAAAUGUUUCUUGUAUGUAGAUGUCAUCAUGAACAAAGGUGUAUUUCUAUUUAUUUAUUAUACAUGCACUUCAAGAAGUUACUGUCAGAGAAGUGAAGAGUCAUCUUGAGUAUUAUAUUAGAGGAUGUCCUUUGGACCACUAGGAAGGGGUAUGUGCAGAGCCAAGGACAUCAGCUCUGGUUUGGACAAUUCUUGAUGUACCAUAUUAAACAUACAA